AUAUAGAUAGAUAGAUAGAUUGAUAUGCAGACAUAUACACAAACACACAACACAUACACACCAAUAAAAAAAUGGGUGAUGAUCCUUUUGGAUUCGAAGAUUAUUUCCCUUCGAUGAUGGAGAGAUUAGGAGCGGAAGGAUUCAUGAGGGAGCUUUGUAAUGGAUUCUGUUUGCUUAUGGAUGUGAGUAUAGGGCUAAUAACUUAUGAGAGUUUGAAGAGGAACACAAUGAAUCUUGGUUUGAAUGAUUUAAGAGAUGAUGAGUUGAUUUACAUGUUGGCUGAAGGAGAUUUGGAUGGUGAUGGAGCACUUAAUCAGAUGGAAUUUUGUAUUCUCAUGUUUAGAUUGAGUCCUGGUUUAAUGGAUGGAUCUAAGAAAUACAUGGACGAUAUGGGGCUUAUUGAUUUACAACCCUAGCUAGGUUUUUUCUUGUGUGUUUUAUUUAUGUUACUUGUACUAAUUAAUAUCAUGAGAGAUAUGAUGAUUUUAUGCCAAAUAAAUAAUUCUCCAUGUAUAUCUAUGUGUGUAUUAAUUUGAAGGGGCGAUGAUUAAUUGUCAUACCACGA